UUGUUUAAACAGGUUCAGCAAGCCAAUGUUGAUGACGAAGAGAUUGCUCGUGCCAUCAACUCCAAGCUCGCAGAGACUCCUGGGAUAUCUUACUCAGAAAUAGCUUCAAAGGCAGUGGACUGUGGACGAACGCACCUGGCCAUCAAGGUUAGUUGAGAGCAUUCACAUGAACAGUAUAAUUAUAGACUAUACGUUCCCAGUUCAAUUUGGGACAUAAACUGGUGUCUUCCGUUAGUAUUUUUCUUGCUAAAUGCACGAGUUUCAAAAUAACGUGGGUUGAUAUAGAAUGGGAUUUUUACCUGCGGGAUUGCGUUUACUGUGAGUAAUCAAGAAUUGUUUCCGUACCUGGAGUAUUAAGACCUCGCUUGCUUUCAGCGCUGCACUUUAUCAGCCAGCUUAAGCAACGACGACGACGACGGCAGUGAAAACGUCACUAAGAAAAUGAAUUUCCCGCGUCCUUUCAAUCUUUAUCGCGUCUAUUUGGAACCGCUUAAUUCGUUAAAUGUAGGCGACUUUUCCUGGAGUUAAAUUCCUAUUGUCUUUAUCCAUGUUCAAAUAGAGAACGGAAAAUUUGUUUUCGUAUGUCCACGUCCUCCAUAAAACGUCGCAUUGGGAGGUUUCACGUCGUAGUCGUGCAGUGGACGUCAAAGAAAUGUACCAAAAGCGUGAUUCACGUGCAGAGCAGUCGUUUUGCUCAUAAAACCAAUUGUUGUUUGACGUUGUUGUUGUUGCAAAACAACGGGCGCUUUCCAUUCAACCAAAACGUUCGAAAAUUGGAAACAGCGGCAAAUGGUACAGAAAUGUCCAGGAAAAGUUUCCAGAAAUUCCGAAAGAUGUUGAAUUUCCGAAAUGUGAACCAUGCAUUCAAUCGAAAAUUCUAGAAAUUCCCGGAAGCAAAGUUCAAUGCAAAAAAAAAUUUCCGAAAAAUUUUUUUUAAAAUUUGGGCACCCGUCGAGAAACAAAACUUACGGCUGCAAAGAAGAGCAAUGAGGGAAAGAAACAUCGAGGGUUUUAACAACUGACGUUUUUAAUUCAAUAUAAAAAAACAUGUUGAAGUUUUAUGCUCUAGCCCUUCGUCAAGCACUCGAAAUGUCCCUACUAUGCCAAAUUUCCUAUGUCAACUUAAUUGAUGAAUAUAAAUUCUUAGCUUUCACCGUGGUUCGCUCGAGGGGUUACCAACAUGCUCGUUUCAUGGGACGUCAACAACACCUGGAACAGAACGGAUCAGAGCAACCCCUGUAACUGACUGAAUAAACGAAAGGUAAGGGAUAGUGCCUCUGGGAAUGAUCUGAUCCGGUUCUGCGGUCCAGGUUUUGCCUACGGCCUUUCUCGUGGCUUCGCCGCCUGUGCCUCCUCGAGGAGACCUGCUUACAGCCUGGCUUAAAGCCAGCCUUGACCUCUAGCUGGAGCAAUCUCACCAUAGUAAGUUCGUCGUUUGACAAUCGGUAAGCGAGCCUAUCAUACCCAAUUCAUGAUUCAGAAUGUAUCUUUCAAGAUGCUCACAUCUUCUUGUUUUUUUUUUACCUGUAGCUUUUGGACUAUGAGGCGGAAGCCGCUGACCAAGUUCCACUGCUCAUGCGCAUGAAUAAAGAUGACCUAGCUCUCGAGAAGGCCAUUAUGAGUGGAGACACGGAUCUGGGUGAGUUGUGA